UUUGCCGCUAAAUUUUCAGCCACUCAUCAGGCCAACAGAAUUCCGACGAAUUGGAGUAACCAAGAGGUUGAAGGAGAAGUGGAGAACAAUGAGCUUUUUGGCUGGAAGAUUGGCCGGCAAAGAGGCGGCAUACUUUAUUCAAGAAUCCAAACAUGCCGUUGGUCGCCUUGCCCAAAAGAACACCGCCCACAAAUUCCCUGCCCAAUCACCGCCUUCUUCCCAUUCUCUGCCCCACGGUGAACCACAAGCCGACAUUCUUCCUGAAGUCUUAAGGCACUCUCUGCCCUCUACAAUCUUCAGGGAGGAAUCUGCAAACUCCAGUGGAUCCUUCUCUACUUCCAAAUGGGUUCUUCCCUCUGACCCUAAUUACCGCUCUGUCUCUUCCAAUUCUCUUAACCCUCUUAGGGAUUUCCUCUCCCUUCCCCAGGUUACAUUCGGCCCCAAAAGGUGGGAAUUGCCUCAAUCUGAGAACUCAAUAUUGGCCUCAACUGCUAAUGAUUUGCGGACCGAUAAACAUACCCCUAUAAAUCCUGAGAAGUUGAAGGCUGCUGCUGAAGGCCUUGCUCAUGUUGGAAAGGCGUUUGCUGCAGCUACUGCGCUUGUCUUUGGUGGUGCCACCUUGAUCUUUGGAUUCACCUUGUCCAAGCUAGAUGUCAACAAUGCAAGCGAGAUUCAAACAAAAGGAAAAGGCAUGAUUGAACCAAAGAUGGAAAUGAUUAGACAGCAACUUGUUCCCUUCAAAGUCUGGGCUGAUGAUAUGUCAAAAAAAUGGCAUGUGGAAAGAGAUAACGAUAUCAAAGAGAAGCCUCUCAUAAAGGAACUCUCAAAGAUUUUGGGUGCCAAGACUCCCAACUAAACUGCACAAUUUUUUUGACCUUCUUUUGUUUAUCUAGUGUAAAUCUGUAAAUAAUAGAGUAUCAUUUUCUUAUUCCCAUCUUUAUAGAUGGAGUAUUUAAUGUUACUGUUUGCUAGCUAAGUAAUACUAAUACGUAAGAUCGAUGUUGAUAUA